AUGUCCAUCGACGCCAAACUCGCCGCGGUCGACCUCAACGACAAGCACCUCGAGGAUGGCCAGCGCACCCCUCAGGCGGAGGGCGUCACAUGCCCAGUCACCGGUCUUACCUCUAGCGGGAAGACAUGCCCCUUCGCUUCCGUCGGAUCGCCGGAAAACCUACAGGAAGUAGACGAGGAGGCGCUACGGAAGGACAUCAAUGCACGGAUGGUCUAUCUCAAGGACUUCGUGAACUUUACACGCCACGACGAGGACGCCAUCCGGCACGUAGGCCCGCUCAUCAAUGACCUUAUCCCCGAGGUCGUCGACGCGCUCUACUCGAAACUCUUCGAGUUCGACAUCACGAAGCAGGUCUUUAUGCAGCGGAAUGACGGCUUCGACGGACCGAUCCCGACGAAGCUUGAUGACCUCACGCUGGACAGCGCACAGCUUGUUUACCGUAAGGUAUUCAUGAAAAACUGGUGCCGCCGCUUGCUCUCCUCCGACUUCUCCUCGCCCAAGACCUUCACCUGGAUGGACAAGGUCGGCGUCAUGCACACUGGCGUCAAGUCCUUCAAGCACCGGACCCAUGUUUCGCCGCUUCACGUCCCCUAUCGCGAUUGCGCGCUUACGCUUGGCUGGGUCGGCACUGUCCUCCAGACAGCGACGUUGCAGCUUCCAGAAGACAAGCUGUCUAUGAAGGAGAAGAUUGACGCCGUCGGUGCGAUCAACAAGAUCCUCUGGAUACAGAACGACCUCUUUGCUCGCCACUACAUCGACGAGUAG